CAAUGUGAUGCGACAAAGCUGAUCGCUCCCCAAAUCACCGUGUGCCCAGAGGAUCAAAUCAUGAAAUCGUGUCGAAAAGCGCAAAAGCCUUUCGAGUGUUCGCAGAAUUUGUUGAGGAAAUGGAUCUCACUUACCGAGUGCGUUUUCGGAAAUCACGAACCGCACACGUGUUGUCGGAGAAAUGAGCUGUGUCGA